UGUCCUGGUGCAUGUGGCUGGGUGGGGGUUGGGGGGAGCCCGGACUCCUGGGUUCACUCCUGGGCUCUGGGUAGGGGUGGGUGAGGGCCGGGGGGGUAGCCCUGUGGGGGUUGCCGGUACUGCCCCCUCCUGCCGGAUAUGUGGGUUUGAGGCUCUGGGGCAGGAUGUGGGGGAAGGGGGAGUUCUCCGAAUGUGGCCACAGGCCUGUACCCCAAAAGGUGGGGGAUGGGCCACAGGCAGGGCCACUAGUGCCCACUCUCGGCUCUCCCCACCCCCAUCAGUGGGUCAGAUGUCGCCCGCGGGGAAAGAGGAACGUGGUGGGGCAGGCGUAGGGGGCCGUUCCAGCCCCCCCAAGCCAGCCCCUGCCCCAGGGCAGGAUCCCGGCCGGUGUCCCCCCAGAGGGGACAGGUCACUGAACCCCAUUCCCUGCCCUCAGAGCCAGCCAUGGGGGGCAGGUGCCCACGGGGCUCGCAGACUUCCCCAUUUCCCCCCCACACCCCCUGUCCCUCCCCCAGCUCUGCAGCUGCCCAGGAAAUGAAAGUGCCCAGCAAACAAAUUGAUGCUCCCGGACUCCUGGGUCCCUUCCCCUUCCCUGCUCCGCCAGCCCCGGACUCCUGGGUCCCUUCCCUGCUCCUCUCUGCCCCACCCCCGCCAGCCCCGGACUCCUGGGUCCCUUCCCUGCUCAUCGGGGCUCCUGGGCGCCCCCUGCUGACGCUGCCCCCCCUGCAGAGCUGCGUGGCCAGCUGGGCGAGCAGCAGCGGGGGCGAGAGGCCCAGGCCGAGCUCCGGCUGCAGCUGCUCCAGGACAUGGGCGACUUCCUGCGGCGAAAGGCCGAGCUGGAGCAGGAAUAUUCCCGCGGGCUGGAGAAGCUGUCGGAGAGAUUCACCGCCCGGCUGCGCGGGGCCAAGGAGCACUCCAGGAGGGAGCAGGACCCGCCGUCCCCCCUGCAGUGCUGGCAGCUGGUGUUGAAUCAGACCCGCCAGGCCGGCCGGGACCACGGGGCCCUGAGCGAUAUUUACGCAGGGCCCCUGACGCUGCACCUGACCCAGCUCAGCGACGACCUGGGGCGCCUGGUCAAGAAGAGCCGAGACCUGGAGCAGCAGAUGCAGGACGAGCUGCUGACGAUGAUUUCUGAGCUGCAGAUGGCUAUGAAAACCUACCAGACGCAGCACACAGAGAGCCAGAGCGCGGAGAACAAGCUGCGGGACGCCGAGCGGCAGGAGGAGAAGAGGGGGGGCCGGCAGCCCCCCGAGCCGGGGGGAGCCGGGCAGGACAAGCUGGCCCGACGCGCCUCCCUCCGCAAGGGGGAGCGGCUGGUGGAGAAGCGCCAGGCCCGGUUCCUGGCAGCGCAGUCGAAGUGCACAGGAGCCCGGAACGAUUAUCUCCUGCACCUGGGGUCCACCAACGCCGUCAUCAGCAACUACUACCUGCGGGACGUCUCCGACAUCCUCGACUGCUCGGACCUCGGGUUCCAUCUCUCCCUGGGCCGCCUGCUUCGGACGUACCUGGCGGCCGAGGGCCGGGCCCAGAGCUCCUGGGGGGAGGGGCUGGGGGCGCUGGAGGGGGCCGUGCUGGCCCUGGACCCCCCCGGGGACAAGGCUCGGCUGAUGGAGGCCAACCCGGCCGCGUACUGCCCCCCCCCGCGCUUCGAGUACCACCCCCAUGAGGGCGAUGAGGUGUCGGAGGUCCAGGCCGUGGGGUCCCUGCGCCCGGAGCUGCUGCUGCAAUGGCAGGAUAUCGAGACGCGGCUGAAGGACCUGAGCCUGGAGACCGAGGAGGUGAACAAGACGCUGCAGGCGACGCUGAGCAGCUUCCGGGAGCUGCUGGGGGCGGAGGAGCCCGAGGUGCUGGAGGCGUUUGGGGGGCCGGGCUCGGCUGAGUCGCUGCGGGGGGCCGGUGCCGAGGGGCGCGGUGGGGCCAAGAGACGGGCCCAGCAGCUGGAGACAGAGACCUUCUACCUCACGAAGCUGGAGCUGUUUCUGACGCGACGGAGUAUCGGGGCGAAGUUACAGUCGAAGCUGGAGACACUGGGCGAGGCCAUCGCGAAGGCAGCCGCUGAGGACGGAGAGGAGCUCAGGGCCCUUCCACGCGCCUCCCUCCCCCGCGUCCCGGCCAUGUUCGCCUCCUUCCCCACAGACCUGGAGGACUUUGUGCAGAAAUCUGGCCAGGCUGUCCCGCUGGUGGUGGAGAGCUGCAUCCGAUUCAUCACCCUGCACGGUCUCCAGCACGAGGGGAUCUUCCGGGUGCCGGGAUCCCAGAUGCGAGUGACUGAAAUUCGGGAGGCCUUCGAGAGAGGCGAGGACCCGCUGGCGGGUGGCUCCUACCCCCGGGACCUGGACUCGGUCGCCGGACUCCUGAAGUCGUUUUUUCGGGGGCUGCAGAAGCCCCUGAUUCCGCCGGACGUUUUCCCAGAGCUGCUGGUGACGGCCCAGCUGGAGUCCCCGUCCGAGCGCAUCUCCCACCUCCGCACCCUCCUGGCCCGGCUCCCGGCACCCGUGGUCGUCGUCCUACGAUAUCUUUUCGCCUUCCUCAACCACGUGUCCCAGCACAGCGAGGAGAACAUGAUGAACCCCUACAAUCUGGCUGUCUGCUUCGGGCCCACGCUGGCGGCCGCCCCCCCCGGCCUGGACCCCGUCUCCACCCAGCCCCACGCCAACGAGGCCGUGAAGUGCCUGAUCCUGUACCCCGAGGCCACCUUCCCGCCCCCUGACCAGCUGCCCGGCCCCCUGUACGAGCGCUGCCUGGCGCCGCCCGACGAGGACGGGGAGACGCUGCCCCUGGACCCCGCGGCUGAGGAGAGCGAGGGGGAUGGGCCCCCCGAGACAUCGACUGUGGCCAGUGAGGAUGACCCGCAGGGCCCCCCCGAGGCCGUGGCCCGGUUCUCCUACGAGGGGCGCUCAUCCCAGGAGCUCUCGUUCCAGCCGGGUGACCGGAUCCGGCUGCUGGCCAAGGCCUCCCCAGACUGGUGGCGCGGGGAGCUGGGGGGGGCCCGUGGCCUGGUGCCCCACAAGUACAUCAGCCUGAUCCCCAGCACAAAGAAAAGCCGGAGUCGCCGAACCUCGGGGUCGGACGUAGACGCCGGGUCUCCCCCAGCUGAGCCGACACCAGAGUCAAUCAGCAGCAGGCUGCGGGUGAACUCGGAGGGCAGCCGGGGGCGCCAGCGACCCGGGACCAGCCCCAUCCGCAAACUGGCUUCUCCCUUCAUCGACUCGGGGCGUCUGCCCUUCCCCCUUCAGCCCCCCAGUGCCCCUCGGGCUGUCGACAGGACGGAGCGGGGGGCUCUGGGGGUUGGCCUCUCCGGCAGAGAGAAACAAGGGGCCCCGGAGAAGCACGUGGAGAUGGAUAAGGCUGUGACGCGCAACAUGGACUCUGUGUUCAAGGAGCUACUCAACAAAAGCGGGGGACGGCGGGGGGGGCCGACAGCGUCCCCGAGCCCCGUGAGACCCUAGGGCCCCCCGAAGCGCCCUGGCCCCCCCCAACCUGCCUCUGGUCUGCACGACAAAGGGCUCUGCAAAGCCGCCGGGAACGGGUCGUGACCCCCCUGCUAUCCUCCGGGCCAGACCCACCCCCAGCUCCUCAUGCGCAGGUGGUUCCCUGGGGGUCCCUGCCCCCCGCUGUGAGACCAGCUUUGUAGCCGGGGGAGGGGGAAGCUGCUGUCCGUUGGGGGUUCCCUGCACCCCAAGUAAUGUUUGCUUAAAUGCUCUAUCUCUGUUCUCUCCUGGGCUCGGGGAGGGGAGUGGGGUAGAGCUGGGGGGGGCUGGGCUAGGAGCCCGGACUCCUGGGUUCUAUCUCCCCAAUGUUCAAGCUAUCCCCCAGCCCCCCAUUUCUAGGCAGCCCCCCAGGGUGUGUGAGCACCUCCUUUUUUAACCCCAUCAUCCCCUGAUCUCUGUUUGAGCCCCCCCCCCCCCCGGAGAUAACAUGUGAUCCUAGCCCCACCUCUGACCCAUUGGCGCUCCCCCCCUUGAGCCCCUCCCUCUCUGGCAAGGAACCUGAUUUUCACACGCAAUAAAGGGGCCAGUCCCAAGG